AUGAAAAUCGUCAAUGAAGCCAUUCAAUGGCCCAUCGAGUCUAGAAUCUUAACUGUCAAACAUUCUAGUACGUUAAAUUUCAUCAAAGAGCUUUCAAAUCGGGUCGGAAUUACUGUGUGUAUAGCCUUCAUUGUAUUGUCAUCUGCAAUACAGCCUUUAUUACAAGCUCACUAUGAACAAAGGCUAGAGUUAAGUCAUAGUAGCCUAUUACAUCUUCGCAAAGCUGUCAAUUCGCUUCACAAGCAUGUGAAGACUACAACAGUUGGUGCCAUUGGGUUUAACGAAAGAACCAAUCUACAGACCGGAAUCAUCAACAUUGAUCGAUGCACGCAGACCUCGGAACCGAUUCCCAGGAAAAACGACGCAUCGGGAGAAUCUGGAUGGCAACACAUGAAUACGGUCUUACAGGGAUUGGUGCAGGACUUGAAUUCUUUUAACGAAGAGAACAGCAGGUCUGAUCAACUCGACUCGUUUAUAUUCCAGACAAAACUUCUUAAUGACCAACUUGUCAACAGGCCCGAGGGACCGCGCUACGCUAAAAUAAUCACCCAGAUGAUGAGCAAAACUCGCGAGAUGAAAGGCUGGUUUAUAAAUGGUAGGAUUCCUUCCUGA